GAUUGAUUCAAACCAGAGGACACAAAAACAUGGCUCUCCCUCUAUUCCCACUUUUCUCCCGGAGACAGUUAACUUGAUUCGCUCUCUCCUCUUUGCCUAAUUGCAAAACGACAAACACGGUAGAGAGAGAGCGAGAGCGAGAGCGAUUUGCUACUUAGAUAGAGAGAGAGUGAGUGAAUCGCUAAGAGAAGAGAUGACACCUAGCGGAGGAGGAGGAGUGGAAGAACCGGCGACGGCGUCAGAUGCGGAGGGUUCGGCGUUAGUAAUAAUCGGUGUGAAGCCCGACGAAUGGAGCCGAGAGGUGCUAACGUGGUCUUUAGUGAAUGUAGCUCGUCCCGGAGAUCGAAUCGUUGCUCUUCACGUUCUCGACUACUCUCUCGAAGGCUCAACGUCGCUUGUUUCGCUGGUGAGGACUUUCGACACUAUGCUUGGUGUCUAUGAAAGCUUCUGCAACUUAAAACAGGUUGAUUUAAAGUUGAAGGUUUUCAGAGGGAAGUCAGCUAGGAAAGUUCUUGUUCAGGAAGUGAAAUCCUCCGGAGCUACGAGUUUAAUCGUUGGUUCUUCUAAGAGACAUCACACCAUCCGUUCUUCAGCUUCCUUAGCUAAGUACUGUGCGAGGAAUCUUCCCAAGGAUGUCUCUGUUUUCGCUGUUAAGAGUGGCAAGAUUAUGUUCCGGAGGGUGCCUAGUAACAACGAUGGACCACACAUGGUUGUUUCCUGUGGAUCACCCAACAUUGCUAUUGAAGCGGCAAAGAUUGGGAAUAGCUUUAGCCCUGCAAGAUCGAGCUCACGCUGGACUACUAGACCGAGUCGCACUUCAUCUUUACAGUCUACUGAAAGCUCAGGUGUAGACAAUUCGUUGGCUUUAGUGCCAGUACAAACGAACGAGACUGAUUCAGGACAAGGUUGGCAUUUCUUCCGGGGGCUUUACGGUAAACGAAGUAGCUGGACCAAAGUCUCUGCUAAGAGGGCUGUUCUUCAGUGGGUUUCGAGGCUAAGGGGUCGAAACUCAGAAGCUGUAGCUUAUCUGGACAGGAAACGGAGUGAUUCUGGUUGUGAUGAAGAUUGCUCUUCUAGCGUCGACGGUGAAGAUGUCUCCGUUUCACGGUCUGGUUCUGAGCAUAUGCUGUCUCCUCUUUCUCCCUGCCUUGGAUCAGACAACGUUCCGGAGGAGCUGGAGGGUCUACAUGAAAAAUACUCCUCCACGUGUAGAUUAUUCACACACGAGGAAGUUGUGUCAAUUACCUCAAACUUUGCAUCCGAUAACUUGAUUGGAGAAGGUGGUAAUAGUUAUGUUUAUAGAGGAGACCUAUCAGAUGGGAGGGAACUGGCUGUCAAAGUAUUGAAGCCUUGUCUGGAUGUGUUGAAAGAGUUUAUACUGGAAAUUGAAGUCGUUACAAGUGUGCAUCACAAGAAUAUAGUGUCACUCUUUGGUUUCUGUUUUGAGAACAAUAAUUUGAUGCUGGUGUACGACUAUGUACCACGAGGAAGCCUUGAAGAAAACCUGCAUGGUAAUAGAAAGGUUGCCGCCACCUUUGGCUGGCUGGAGAGAUAUAAAGUGGCAGUGGGUGUUGCAGAGGCGUUAGACUAUCUACAUAAUACUCAUGAUCCAGAAGUGAUUCACCGGGAUGUCAAAUCUUCUAAUAUUCUUCUGGCAGAUGAUUUUGAGCCACAGCUCUCAGAUUUCGGAUUUGCCAGCCUGGCUUCAAGUGCUGCACAGCAUGUGUCAUGUGGGGGUAUUACGGGAACAUUUGGUUACCUAGCACCAGAAUACUUCAUGCACGGUAAAGUAACCGACAAGAUUGAUGUCUAUGCGUUUGGUGUUGUAUUGCUCGAGCUCAUAUCGGGUAGAAAACCAAUUUGCGUUGACCAAUCUAAAGGCCAGGAGAGCCUUGUCAUGUGGGCAAAUCCAAUCCUAGAGAGUGGAAAAUUUGCUCAGUUACUGGAUCCAAGUCUAGAAGCUGAUGAUAGCAGUAACGAUCUAAUCGAGAAGCUAUUGUUAGCUGCCACACUAUGCAUUAAACGCGCACCUCAUGACCGUCCACAAAUUGGCCUCGUGGUAAAGAUAUUACAAGGCGAUGAAGAUGCAACGGAAUGGGGAAAGCAACAAGUAAAAGCCUCAGAAGAUGCAACGGCGUACUUGACAAACAUAGAAUCACACAUAAACCUUGCACUGCUUGAUUUGGAAGAUGAUGCAGCUUCGGAUAGUAGCCCUGAAGCUAGUAGUAUCUCCGUUGAGGACUACUUGAAAGGGAGAUGGAGCCGCACUGCUAGCUUCAGCUUCAACUAAUAAUAAUAGUUUAAUAACUAGAUUUUAGCUGUUUUGACGAUGCAAGUUGUGUGUAAAUUUGUAAUGGAUUUUUCUAAGGUUUUCAAGAAUGCGUCAGUUUAGAAAGAGUGAA